GCUGAAUGCUGCAGCAUCGUACUCCGUGCACGACUGUUGCUUGCAAGACAGCAAUCCAACCUCAUACUACAGAACAACAAUCUGCCGUUGGAUUCCGCCCAACUAGCCUUCCUGUUUUUGCAUAUUAUCUCAUCACGUUUCAAUAACCCGUCGAUUGGAACACCGCUUUAUUAGACUGGCGUCUCUCUCACCUUUCAGCAUCGUGUCCCGCCAGGUCCCGCCAGGUCCCGCCCGCCUCAACUUUGCAGGCCGAGAUCUCCGCUGAACGACAAGUUGCCCAACCGACUUCCUUCUCCGCUGUCCUUCCAUCCAUGUCAUGACGCGGGACGCCAUGCGGCCAGCUAGCGCCGGCAGCCACAGCCGUAAGAAUGCAGAGGAUCUCGACCUUCUGGCCGGCCUCUGGGAAGAAGCGCGUUUCGCGAGGCUGCCUUGGGACGCACCCAGCGAGCUGAGGGACUUGGUCGAGGACAUCGAUAAUCCAAAGCGCGUUUACGCCAUACACAAGGCGAGCCGUCGGCACAAUUUCCAGCAGCUUGUGCAGAAGUACAUUGUGCAGCUUCGCGAAGGCUGCGGCGCUGAAUACUGCACAACGUCCACCUGCUUCACAUGCCGAAAGAGGAUCGCGGGCCAGGCCCCAGUUCGAAGGUACAACACGACAAGCGCAAGAACACUAGCCGUAUACCUCGCCAGCCAGGACAAUCCCGAAAACGGUCUUUGCCCCUACCUUCGCCCGCCGAAGGCACCUCCUGCCGCCGUCAACUCCCUGAUAUUCCUGCCGAACCACAAGUCCCGUCAACGCAAUGAACGUGUCCUUUCUGCCUCCCCUAAAACACAAGCCGCCAAAAGUCGUCCCUCUUCGCCCAAGACGGGCGGUGGCAGCGGCUUGUCAUCUGCUUGCCCUCGGAGCCGAAGUGCUACUUUGAAUGGGGAUAGCAAGGACAGGGUCAAACACGCAAGCAACCGGGCUGGAUCGGAUGCCGAAAAGGAGUCCCGACAUCCUAACUUUACGGUUAUCGAACAACCCAGUACCAAGGAUCAUCGGUCCUUUGCCGCGAAUGUGUUUGGUACUGUGGCUUUCAAAAUGCUAGAGUGGCUGACCCCCGCUGCGAUCGAGGAUAUGCACGAAAGGGUACGAGUCUUCGGCGGCAGACGAGAGCCUGUAACCGAAGACGUGGUGCCUUCCAAAGUCGCGGACAAGCCGGAGGAGGAGACCGCGCGAAGUGAACCCCGGGCCUUGGAGGAGUUCCCGGUGUUGCCGGUUGGCACGGAUGGAGAAUCGCCCAGCAAACGAGGCCCAUCAGUCCAUGGACAGCCGGAGAAGGAAGCGCGCGGUUUAAAGAACGGCCAACCACAGCACGAAAGCCAGAGCUGCCCGCGCUCGACGAACGCUCGCCGCAACUCGAAUGCUACGGUCCGCACUCCCACCGGGCCCAAGCCGAAACGGCAGCUGUCGGUCGACCCCCAUGCCCAAGACAUCUCAGCUGAAGAAACUUAUGCGACGCUCUUGAAAUCCCCUCGGGCCACUGGCAGCGGCUCCGACAAGGGACCUCGCGUACCGAAAGCGGCUAGUUCGAGUCUCACCCGACCAAUAUCCCAACUCUCUUCUGCAGGCUUCUUCGACGAUGUGGUAUUGGAGAAGAUGCCUCCCCCGAAGACCGUCGAUAUCAAGCGGAAAACGAGCCGUGACAUGCUCAACGGGCCGGGGAGUGGCGGGUCUCACAGCCCGAAAGCACCAAGUCCCGUCUCCGGUGGUUCCUCCGAAGAAUUGCGCGCAGAAAGUCCAUCGGCCACCGCGGACCGGUACUCAGAAUUGGGCGACGAGGCUUUGGCUCCCCAGGCAUUGACGAGGUUGAACGCCGAAGUUGUCGAUUUUGUUUGCGAUGUCAUCCAGGAGGAUGGUACCGCCGAGAAGCACAUGCUUGAGCCCCAAACGAUUUCCAGAUCCCACAACGGGCAAUCCGGGCAGGCGAAACUGGUCAGGCGAAAGCAUAAGUCGGGCCGCCGGAGAGAUGCCUCCAACUUGAGGAUGGAGUGGAAGCUUUUCGUCGAGCAGUCCUUCUUCUACGUCCUCAGCGACCCACAGCUGGCUCUACGAUCGUUUACGAAGAAGGGCCAGCUUUACGACUCCCAGACACUCUGGUACUGCAUGCUUCGGAUGACACGAGUAGCGCCCAGCUUGGUCUUCCACAGCUUGUGGAUGGCCGCGGCUAGUCUUUUCGCCCCUCCCAAGGCCCUGCAGAACCUGAGGUCGCCGACCACCCGAGUCUUCCCCAGGACAGAGCAGGCGCUGUCAAAUCUGGAGGCAGGGCGUCUCAUCUCGAUAUGCCUGCACGCCUUGAUUGCGGCAGCGCCUUUAGUCGAUGACUCACGCCAGCUCUUCGACAUGUCGAGGAUCCGAUCUCACGGGUUAAGUCUCGCGGAUAGUGGCGCGGUAGCUCGGCAGCCAACAGAACUAUGCUUACAAUAUGAGGAUGCCUUUACGGAUCCCAUGGCUUUGCGGCUAGCGAGGCGCUUGUUUGCCGCCAUCGCUACCCGCCGCCACUUUGACGCGCUGAUUGAAUCCAACAUCGGACCGCAAGAGCGCGGCGAGGAGGAUGUAUUGGCGCCUCUCUUCUCACAACUCGACUUCCUGAACAUGGACGCGGUUUACGUUCUCGAUUUUUCCUUCCCGGACCGCGCCUUACACGAAACCCGGGUUCCCAUUCUCUUACUCGAUUGGGCGAGGGCCGUGAUGCUGAACGACUGGGAUGGCGCGCCCGAGGUUCCGGGAGAUGGGCCGUUUGGCGGCGCUCUUGCCUUGAUCGAAGCCAUGUAUAAGAGAAGGCAAGAGCUCCUCUUGGCUGACGCGCAGUUCCGGUCCGACUACUUCGCAGAGCGGCUGGACACGCUUAAGAUGCCUCUCUCAUGGUUGUCUCACACCUCGACGCGACAGCGCCUACAUCUCCUGGACUUCCCUUACAUGUUCAGCCCGUCCACUCUGGUGUCGUACUUUCGGUCGAUAAACUUCGCACGCAUGAGCCGUGCCUUUGAGGAGUUCGCUUCCUUCCAGGAUAAGAUGGCCGUGAUGGCUCAGCGAGCAGGCCUCACCCAGCACCACAAAGAUGUGCUUGCUGAGCGGCUGAGGCCGGCGGGCUCCAAGUAUCUGAUAUUAGACAUUCGGAGGAGUACUGUUCUGGAAGAUGCCUUCGAUCAGCUGUGGCGGCGGGAGGAACGCGAAUUGUUACGGCCCCUAAAAGUUCACCUGGGGGAGUCGACUGGCGAGGAAGGCUUUGAUUCCGGUGGCGUGCAACAAGAGUUCUUCAGGUUGGCCAUCGCGCAAGCUCUCAACCCCGACUACGGUGCCUUCACGGUCGAUGAACGCACGCGCAUGGCUUGGUUCUUGCCGGGAUCCAUGGAAGACGAAUGGAAGUUCGAACUAAUCGGUCUGCUGGUGUCGCUCGCCGUGUACAACGGCCUCACUCUGCCGGUCACCUUUCCAAAGGCUCUCUACCGCAAGCUCCUUGGCGAGCCUGUCACAGAGCUGCAUCACAUUGCCGACGGCUGGCCCGACUUGGCGAGCGGCCUCACCUCCCUCCUUGAGUGGGACGAAAAAGAUGGUGCCGUAGAAGACGUCUUCGCCCGCACCUACGAGUUCUCCGUCUCUGCCUUUGGCCAGCACAUCACCCGCGAAAUGAAGCCCCUCUCCGACAGCCUUCAUCAGCAUGGCCGCGACAGCGAAGACGAAGCCUGGCCUCAAUUCGCCAAGACCCUCUCCCAGUCAUCCUCUCAGCCGGCGCCACACCAAGGCAACCCUGCGGAAGACGAGGCCCCUCUAGUCACCGGUGCUAACCGCAACGCCUAUGUCUCCGAUUACAUCCGCUACCUGACAGACGUUUCGGUCCGCCCGCAGUACGAGGCCUUUGCGCGCGGCUUCCAUACGUGCCUCCACCCGAAGUCUCUCUCCCUCCUCACCCCGAGCCUCCUCCAAUCCGUCGUCGAGGGCGUCCAGGAGAUUGACAUUGCCGAGCUAAAGCGCUAUGCGCGCUACGUCGGCUGGGACGCGUCGCACCGCACUGUCAAAGACUUCUGGAGCGUCGUGAAGCGGUACGACGAGAACAUGAAACGCAAGCUGCUGGAAUUUGUUACGGCCAGCGACCGUGUCCCUGUAGGGGGCGUCAAGAACCUCAUGUUCAUCAUUCAGCGCAACGGCGAGGAGGAGGACCCCGCGGGCAGACUGCCGACGUCGUAUACCUGCUAUGGCACGCUGUUGCUGCCGGAGUACAAGGACAAAGAGAUGCUGAGGGAGAGGUUGGGAAUGGCGCUCGAGAACGCGCAGGGAUUUGGGUUUGCUUGAGCUAUUCCGUCUUUCUUUUCCGGUGUCUUUGGGUUAACCGAGGGUUGGGGUUCUCCAGGGAAGCAAGGGGCAAUAGGACGGUUCGUGACGUGAACUGGGCAGAUGACGGUUACGAGACCGUUAUACACUUGCCAGGUUUGCUUUACUGAUGAUGUUUCUCUUCUUAUCUGCCCGUCCGCACCUCGUUUCUUUCUCGGUGGUCGACAACGGAAGUCGAAGCGACAUCCUGUCCUGGUGAUGAAAGCGGAUCUGUGCUCGCAAGUUUAAACGGAGAUAUCUCUUCUUAAUGCCUCGUUCUGUAGGUAGCGUUGUACUUUU